UUCUCCACAACAUUGCACACUAGCAAUAUCCUUUGAUACACUUCUCAAAUAUGCAUGCUUUUAUAUUUUUAUUUUUAGCCCUCAAUUCUCUUUAUACUCCAUCCUUUGUUGAAGCCACUAAAAGCUUCAGCAUCGAACUUAUUCAUCAUGAUUCACCAUUGUCACCCUUUUACAACUCUUCCCUAACUCCAUCGGAGUUAAUCACAAACGCGGCCUUGCGCUCUAUUUCACGAUCAAAACGAGUUACCCUUUCUCAAAAUAACGAGAUUAACGAAUCUCCUGAAUCAAUUGUAAUUCCAAAUGGUGGUGAUUACCUCAUGAAAAUCUAUAUAGGCACACCACCUAUCGAACGGUUUGCGGUUGCAGACACGGGGAGUGAUCUUAUUUGGGUACAAUGUUCCCCUUGUAAACAAUGUUUCCAACAAGACACUCCCUAUUAUGAUCCAAGCAAAUCUUCCACAUUCAUAGGUUUGUCAUGUGACUCAAAACCUUGUUCAUUACUCCCACAAGGCCAACAUAGAUGUGAAAAUCCAAAUAAGUGUGAGUACUUAUAUGUUUAUGGUGAUAACUCUUACACCAUUGGUGAAUUGGGUACCGAUUCUAUUAACUUUGGUCAAAAAGAUGUUACAUUUCCUAAAUCAAUUUUUGGUUGUGGACACAAUAAUGAUGUCACAUUCAAAAGAAGUCGUAAAGCCACAGGUCUUGUUGGUCUAGGAGCAGGACCAUUGUCACUAGUUUCACAACUAGGUGAUUCUAUUGGUCACAAAUUCUCCUAUUGUUUGGCUCCUAACACAACUAGUAAAUUGAAAUUUGGGGAUGAAGCAAAUAUAAAUGGCAAUGGUGUUGUGUCUACUCCCCUCAUACUCAAAUCUUCUCAGCCUAGUUUUUACUAUCUCAAUCUCGAAGGCAUCACUGUUGGACAAAAGACGAUUCAUACAACUGAUGGAAACAUAAUCAUUGAUUCGGGGACAACACUUACAUUUCUUGAAACAAGUUUUUACAAUAAUUUGGUAGCUUCUGUUAAGGAAGUUAUUGGUGUUGAGGAAGUACAAAAUCCUCCAUCCGGAUAUAACUUUUGUUUCACCUCCGGAGAUCAAACGAAAUUCCCGGAGUUUGUGUUUCAUUUUACGGGAGCUGACGUUACCCUCAAACCUGAGUACUUAUUUGUUGCCUUCACCAACAACUUUUUUUGCUUAUCGGUCAUACCAGACGACCAGACUUUCAUCUUUGGAAAUAGAGCUCAAAUUGAUUUUAUAGUAGAGUACGAUCUCAAAGGAAAAAAAGUUUCUUUUGCUCCAACUGAUUGUUCCAAAAAUUAACUUUUGUUAAAUAAUAUCAAAAUAAAGGAUUUUUAAAUAUGGUUUAUCAAUGAUGAUUGUUAUGAUUAUGAUUUCAAAAAAUAGACCAUAUCAAAAGUCUUAUGUGUACUUUCCUACUUGUAACAUAUAUAGUGUGUAAUGCAUGCAAUGUACGGCUUAUUUCUGAUCGAUUGUUAGUUGUAAUGUAAGAAAAAAUAUAUAUAAUAAAUGUUAUUGAAUAUUAUAGCAAUGAUGUUA